UGAAGAGGGAUGGAGAGGUAGGUUGACAAAUGUUAAAGAAGCGUCCUCGUUAGUUCUUCGACGUCGCAUUUUUCGAUUCUUCGAUGGAUUGGCGGAACGAGGAGUCGGAUCAGUCGAGCGUCGAAAACUUAAAGUGGGACGAGAAUGAUUACUUCCCGGCCGGAACAAGGGAUGCUCCCGUCGCCGACGCUCUAGAUCGUAACAUUUGCUCCCAAGCGGUUCAGGCUGAUAAUGGAACUUGCAAGGAUAUCACGAGUUUCACUUCUGCUCUGGAAAAUCUAGAGCUUCUCGAGACGAACAAGAAUUACACGGGAUUCAGAACCAGUGACGCACAAACGGAUUACUUCGACGAUUCCGAGCAAGAUGAUACCGCGCCGGUUUUCAAAACACGGGAAAAAACCACUUUCCAAUUGGUGGUCCAAGGACCGGAAAUUCUAAAUUUCCAAGGUACGAGAUAUUCGCCUGCGGACAUUGCUCCCUAUUGGAAGAAGGAUUCUCGAAUGUGGCUGUGGAAGUCGGUCAGACUCGCGAGAAAGAUAAGAAAAGACUAAAACGAAAGCUCCGUCGGACACUUUGACAUAGCGAAUUUUUGUAGCAUAUAAAUUGUUAUUUGACAUGUAAUGUAAAU